CUUUCCCGCCUCGGCAGCCUCCCCUGGGCUCCUGCAGACGCCAGUGCCCCCGCCCCCGGCACCAGAGCUGUUUCUGCUCGGAGCAGAGCCGGCACCCACUGCUGGAUUGUGCGAACACUUUCACUUCCGUGGGGUCGCAGCCCCCGUCCAGGAUGGGGAACCACGCAGGCAAGCACGAGCCCGGGUUCGAGAAGGGCAGCAAGGCCGGGGCCGCUGGCCGAGGAGACGGGGAGAGGAGCAGCCGCGCUCUUGCCCGAGACGCAUCAGAAGACAGCGACGUGUUCGGGGAGGCAGAUGUGGCCGGGAACAAUGGACCCCCGUCCCAGGGCGCCGCCGCGGCUGGCUCGAGGCGCCCAGCGGGCCCCAAGAAUGCCUGGCCGCGCGCCAGCCCAGCUGAGCCGGGGGGCCGCCCCCACCUGACCCGCCUCUUCUCCCGAGACGCCCCGGGCCGCGAGGACAACACCUUCAAAGAGCGGCCCUCGGAGUCGGACGAGCCUCAGAGCGACCCCGCGGGCAGCGCCAUGGCUCAGAAGAGACCGUCGCAGCGCCACGGCUCCAAGUACCUGGCCUCGGCCAGCACCAUGGACCACGUCCGCCACGGCUUCCUGCCGCGCCGCCGGGACAGCGGCUUCCUGGACUCUCUGGGCCGCCUGCUGGGCGGGGGCCGGCCCGGGCCCAAGCGCGGCUCCGGCAAGGUGCCCUGGCCAAGGCCGCGCCCGAGCUCCCUGCCCGGCCCAGCGUGCCGCCCCGCCGGCCUGUGUGCCAUGUACAAGGACACCCACCACGCGACCAGAACCACCCACUACGGCUCCCUGCCCCAGAAGUCCCAGCAUGGCCGGGCCCAGGACGAGAACCCCGUCAUCCAGUUCUUCAAGAACAUUGUGACCCCGCGGACGCCCCCUCCGUCCCAGGGCAAGGGCCGAGGACUGUCCCUCAGCAGAUUCAGCUGGGGCGCCGAGGGCCAGAAGCCGGGAUUCGGCUACGGAGGCCGCGCGUCCUCGGCACACAAGGGCUUCCGGGCCCACGACGCCCAGAGCACACUCUCCAGAAUCUUCAAGCUGGGAGGAAGAGACAGUCGCUCGGGGUCCCCCAUGGCUCGGCGCUGAAGACCGCCUCGCCCCGGCCCGGCCCGCCCCCGCUUGUUAAGCCCCGCCACCAUCUAACUGUCCCUGCCUGACCCCCCCCCUGCACGCACCCGGGGGAACCCACCUACUGACACCCUCGCCCCUCAAGACGCGGCCACCCCGCCCCCUAGGUGGCCUCUCCCGGUGGUCCCGCACCCCUGAACCUGCUGGCACCCCGCCCCCGGCUGUGGGGUGCAUCCAUGAAGAUGCCCCGCGGGACCCUGCCCCCCCAGGCCCCCACCCCCAGGCUUUCCCUCGCUUUGGGGCGGCGCAGACGUCACUGAGGGUCUGGUACGUGAGGCGCGGCGGGCGGGCGGCAGACGGGGCGGCGGGGCUGGUGCCGCCCACGCCCAGGCGAUGGCGAGCGAGAGGACGAGGAGGCGGCGGCCUGCAGCGGGCACGGGCAGGGCUGGGGCAGCGGGACAGCGGGCCGGGCCUGCCCAGAGCCCAGCCGGGACACGGGGAGCCGCGGUGCCCGGCGGCACUAACCCGCAGAGAGAGUUUCUGAGAGAGUCGUCCCGCCCCGCACCGGGGCCAGGGCACAGGAGAGCUGGUCUAACGCCGCUACACCCCUAACGGACUGACCCUUCUUUCCCGGGCUCUAACCCUCCUAACGCGGCCCGUUCGGGGCUAUUCGAACGUCCUGUAAUCCGCAGCCUCCAGGAGGAGAGGCUGAGACACCCUGAAGAAUAUUCCAGAAACAAACCCUCCCGCCCGUUUCUGAGGGGGAUGUUGACUGACUGAGUGACCUCCCCGGUGGGGAAACCCCCCACUGCCCGCGGCCGGGGAAGGGCACCAUGUCCACGUGGGACCAUAAUAAACCGUUAAUGGCA